UACCCCGUUGUACGCCGGAAGACGAGAAACUCGUUAGCCCAAUUACACACGUUCGCAAUAAGAUCAUUACAUUUAACAUAAUGAACAUAACUGCCAAUCUAGAUUAGUGUCACAUAUUCGGAUGGGCUUUGCUCAAUAGAAAAUAUAGAAAAGGGAGAAAUAAUACAUUGCCCUUGUUGUGAACGCUACGGUGAGUCUCGAGCACAAAAACGAACGCCCCUAACACAACGCGGGAAACGCCGUUGUGUUGUUUUCCACCGCGGAGCAACCACCGGGCUAACCCUCAACUUAGGGGAUAGUGUGACUACCAGACAGAUGUCCAGCUGUCCGCUUUGGUGUGCUACUCUCUGACCCUAGAGAGUCCGUCCUCGACCGGGACCCCUCGGUUUUGUUUUAGCCCGGGCCGCAUGAAGGAAACCCGGAAAACUAAGCGGUUAAUUAUAUGUCUGUCCCCGCGCUGCUCGUUCUAGCCUACGAGAAGCCGUUAGCUCCGAAACAAAGAAGGGUGUUUACAAGCGCAGACGGCCCGGUUCUGGUGGGAAAUGGAUACGUUUCAAAAAGUGGAAAAGAUCGGAGAAGGGACGUAUGGAGUGGUGUACAAAGCUAAGAACAAACUGACCGGAGAAACGGUCGCUCUGAAGAAAAUCCGACUGGACACAGAAACGGAGGGCGUUCCGAGCACAGCAAUUAGAGAAAUUUCCCUUCUUAAAGAACUCAGUCACCCAAAUAUUGUCAAGUUGCAGGAUGUGAUUCACACGGAGAACAAACUCUAUCUUGUUUUUGAGUUCCUCCAUCAGGACCUUAAAAAGUUCAUGGACUCGUCCUCGGUGACUGGCAUCCCGCUGGCGUUGGUGAAGAGUUAUCUCUUCCAGCUGCUGCAAGGCCUGGCCUUCUGCCACUCUCACAGAGUUCUUCAUCGAGACCUGAAGCCGCAGAACCUCCUCAUCAACGCCCAGGGGGAGAUCAAACUGGCAGACUUUGGUCUGGCGAGAGCUUUUGGAGUACCGGUCCGCACCUACACUCAUGAGGUGGUAACACUUUGGUACAGAGCCCCAGAAAUCCUCCUCGGCUGCAAAUACUACUCCACGGCUGUGGAUGUGUGGAGUUUGGGGUGUAUCUUUGCUGAAAUGAUCACCAGGAGGGCUUUGUUUCCCGGAGAUUCCGAGAUCGAUCAAUUAUUCAGGAUCUUUCGCACCUUGGGCACACCCGACGAAACGGUGUGGCCAGGAGUCACAUCCAUGCCCGACUACAAGCCUUCCUUCCCCAAAUGGGCUCGUCAGGAUUUAUCCAAAGUGGUUCCGCUUCUAGAUGAAGAUGGAAGAGAGCUGCUCGCAGAAAUGCUGAAAUAUGAUCCAAACAAAAGGCUCUCUGCCAAAAACGCACUUGUACAUCGCUUUUUCCGGGAUGUGACCAUGCCUGUACCUAACCUCAGACUCUGAGCUGUGCUAAAUCUAUCUGCACGCUAAACCGAAAUUAAGUCUGAGCUAUAAACCCCCCUCUUUUACCUGGGCGAUGCAGGAGACGGUGGAUUACUGAGCAAAGGCCGGAUGUCUGAAGUGUUUUGCUGUUAUUUAAUCUGCAUUGUUCUAGUAGAUGUGGCGGUUCGACUGUAAUUUUCAUGAUUAGUUUUUUCUACAUGCAAAAUUGAGAUGUAGCUUGGUUGGGGUUCGGGAUUUUGUUGGUAAAAGUUAACUUCAGAAUUACUCUAAAUCCAAAUGCAAGCUUGUGUUUAGGAUGUUCAAGUUAGAGUUUAAAAUGACUGAACAAAGUGAAUGGAAAGGGCAGAUAACUGAGGAAAUGCUCGAGUGUUCAGAGUCCUCUGUGAUGCUUCUGUUAUCUUCACUGUGUGGGACCACCAGGGUGUUUAGAACGCCUGCUGAAGGUUCCAGGAUCACUACCCAAACUAAAGUUCUGAUGUACAAAUGUUCUGGGUUUUUAUAAAAUUGAAUGCUUGUGGAUCUUAAGUGAGAUUUUAUCAGUGCCUAAAUAGCAUUUUUAUAGAUAUUGUUUAUAUGCAGUUUGGAAAAAAAUAAACUGGUUUAAGUAAAAAGUUUCUGGUGAAA